GCGGGUCAGCUUGAAUUAGGAUUUUCUUAAUGUGAAAACGGACAUGUUGCGUCAUUCUAUCGGGGUCUGGGUACAUAGUUCCCCAUAGGACGUCGCGAUAACACAGGCUCUUCAAGCACGAUCUCACUGUGAUAUUUAUAUGUGUGACCAACCUCGUGUGCUGUUUUCCUGAGCUGUCUCGCUCGAGGACAUUACCCAAGUGCGAAAGAGACUUGGGACAUCUGCCAGGCCGACCCCGUUAAAGAACCCUAGCAACCGGGUGCUGCAGAAUGGAAGGGAAGAAAACCGACGCGUGGAAUUAUCAGUACGGCAUGGAGGGAGUGGCUCCGAAUGAGUACGCGGGCGCCAAGGGUACCAGUGUACAGUACAUGGGCAUGGGCGUACGGGCGGAUGGGCGUUUAUCCAAGGGGGCGUGCAAGGAGGACCUACACGUGGUAGCGCCUCCAGAUGACGAGGACAUUAGCCUCAAGAGCCUGGCAUCACUCCUGAAGGACUACCGACCUGAGGAUCACGACGUGGAAGACUGCGGCGCGGGCGUCAUGUGGACGGACCUCAUGGAGCCUGAUGCCGCGGCCGCUACGGAAGGCGGGGCGGAGGGAGCGGGCGCUGCGGGUGCUCUGGCCGUUCGCUUCGCCGAGGACGACGUCGGCGGAGAGAAAGGUGAGUAG